AUGCCCAACAAGCUGUUCUACUUUGAAGACUCAAACGUCGUCCUGAUGCACGACUCGUUGACGUCGACGGUGUAUCGUUCAGCAGACGAGGGCAAGUCAUGGAAAAAGGUCGAGGACAUUGGUGACGGCGCCACCCGCCUCAUCGAGCACCCGCACAGCAAAGAGGUCGCCUUUGUUAUCGGCCGUCACGAGGACCACUACGUGACGUUCAACCGCGGAGAGACAUGGCAAUCGUUCAGCACCCCUACCGACCCAACACUCACCAGCCAACCACUUUCGUUCCACGCCACCAAGCCUGACUGGAUCCUCUUCCAAGGCACUGUCUGCGAAAAGGGCAACUCGAAAUGGGGCUCGGGCAGCGUCUGCUAUGACGAGACCUACUACACCACCGACAGCUUCAGAACCAACCCCAAGAAGAUGCUCAGCAUGACCUCUGAGUGUGUCUUUGCCCGCUCGGAGAAGAUGGUCGACACGCCCGAGAACCUCGUCUUCUGCAUCGCCUUCGAGUCCAAGCCCAGCAACGGCCACAGCGCCUCGGAGACGCGUCUUUUCCGCUCCGACGACUGGUUUGAGACCCACGAGUAUGUCGACCUCGGCAUUGGCAAGCGCGCCCGCGGUAUCGUCGGUCUCGGCGUCGUGUCCAAGUUUAUGAUCGUGGCCGUCAAGAUGAACUCGGGCGGCUCAGCCGACAAGCGUGCCAACGACCCCAUGAGCCUCUUUGUCAGCACCGACGGCGUCACCUGGCACCAGUCCGAAUUCCCUCACUCGGCCAUGCCAAACCUCGUUGAGAACGCAUACACCAUUGUCGAGUCGACGACCCACUCGAUCGCCAUCGACAUUCUCACCUCGCCAAGUGCCCUGAUCGGCACCUUGUUCGUGUCGUCGGGUGAGGGCCGUUACUUUGUCGAGUCGCUUCCCGACACGAACCGCAACGAGAUGGGUAUCGUCGACUUUGAGGGUAUCAAGGGCCUCGAUGGCGUGGGUAUCGGAAACGUGGUCAAGAACCGCGAAAAGGUUGUCACGGGCGCUCAGAAGAAGGAGCUCCAGACCUGGAUCACCUUUGACGACGGCUCCAACUGGUCGCUCAUGCGUGCGCCCAAGGAGAAGAUGAACGGCGACUCGUGGACCUGCCAGCCGUCCAAGAUUGAAGAGUGCUCACUUCACGUCCACUCGGUCACGACCCCGCACAACCUCGGAAGCGUGUUCUCGUCUGCUGCGCCGGGCUUUGUCAUGGCCGUCGGCUCUGUCGGAGACCACCUGCUUCCCUAUGAGGAGUGUGACACCUUCCUCUCGACCGAUGCCGGUGUCUCUUGGAAGAUGGUCCAGGAAGGCGCACACAAGUACGAGUUUGGCGACCAGGGCAGUGUCCUCGUUAUUGCCGACGAUGAGGAGUUUACCGACCACGUUUGGUACUCGUAUGACGGCGGCGCCAAGUGGGAAAAGCUCGACCUUGGCAUCUCGGUCCGCGUGACAGUCCUCACCACCAUCCCAGACUCGACGUCCCAAAACUUCCUCAUUGUCGGCAUGGCGCGCCGCAGUGACUCCAAGGAGGGCCGCUACGUUACCGUCUUCCUCGACUUUGAUAAAAUCCAGACCCGCCAGUGCCAGGACAAGGACUUUGAGCGUUGGUACGCCCGUGGUGGAGAGGACAACGAGUGCAUCAUGGGCCACAAGCAGUGGUACCAGCGCCGCAAGCUCGACGCCCAGUGCUACGUCGGCAACGUGUUUGACGAGCCCAAGGGCCACGAGGAGAACUGUGCUUGCACAGAUGCCGACUUUGAGUGCGACUUCAACUUUGUUCGCCAGAACGGCGAGUGUGUCGCUGCUGGACCCCAGCCUGUUCCUGCUGGCACUUGCAAGAACAAGGGCGACACGUACAAGGGCUCGUCGGGCUACCGCCUCAUCCCAGGCAACACCUGCUCGGGUGGUGUGGAAAAGGCCAACCUCGUUGACAGGCCGUGUACCGAUGCCAAACCCGAGGACGGCAAGGUCAGCCACGUUGUCCACGCCUUCACGUCGAGGAUUACUCGCCACUCGUACUUUGAGGGCUCGCAGACGAUCCUCCUGCAGCUCGAGGACAACUCGAUCUGGCAGUCGAGCAACGAAGGCUACUCUUGGACCCAGCUGGAACCCAGCAAAGAGUUCCUCACGUUCGUCAUGCACCCAUACACCAGCGACCGCGCCUACCUCAUCACAAAGGACCGCACCAUCAUCCACACGACGGACACUGGCCGCUCAUGGAACGCGAUCGAGGCACCAAUGGAGGCCAACGGCCUUGGUAUCCCACUUCUCGACUUCCACCCUACACGCUCCGACUGGCUCAUCUUCACAGGCUCGGUCGACUGCACCGACACGCUGUCCACUACCUGCCACGCCGUCGCCUGGUACACUACCGACCACGGCCGCCGCUGGAACCAGGUGGAAAAGUAUGUGCGCAACUGUCAAUGGGCACGCGACUCGUCUCUCAAGAUUGACGAGCGCAUGAUUGUCUGCGAGUCGUACAAGGAGAAGAAGGGCUCGCAAAAGUCGGGCAACCGCAACCCCAUCGAACUCAUUGCUGGCCGCGACUAUUACGGAAGGAAGGAAAAGCUCUUUGACUCUGUUGUGGGCUUCACCACCUUUUCCCAGUACUUUUUGGCUGCCAAGUAUGACGAGGAAAAGGGCACGCUCUCGCUCGAGGUCUCGCUCGACGGCACCCACUUUUCCGAGGCCCAGUUCCCGCCCAACAUGAAGAUUGACAACCACGCCUACACUAUCCUGGAGAGCAACACCGACUCGGUCUUCCUCCACAUGACGAUCAACAGCGCAAAGGACCGCGAGUGGGGCACGAUCUUCAAGUCCAACUCGAACGGCACCUACUAUGGCCUGUCGAUCGAGCACGUCAACCGCGACUCGCGUGGCUACGUCGACUUUGAAAAGAUGAUUGGCCUCGACGGUAUCGCCCUUGUCAACGUGGUUAGGAACCCCGAGCACGCCGAGGUUUCGGGCAAGAAGCUCCUCCAGUCCCGCAUCACCCAUAACGACGGCGGUAGCUGGAAGCCCCUCACCCCGCCUCAGCGUGACUCGCUUGGGCAGCCGUAUAGGUGCUCCGUGGCGGCGUGUGGCCUCCAGAUCCACGGCUACACCGAACGCGUCGACCCCAAGGCGACGUACAGCUCCCCCUCGGCCGUGGGUCUCAUGAUCGCUGUCGGCAAUGUGGGCGAGGAGCUCGCCGACUAUGAGGACUCGGACGUUUUCCUUACUCGCGAUGGCGGAUUCACUUGGGAGGAAGUGCACAAGGACGCCCACCUGUGGGAGUAUGGCGACUCUGGCUCGCUCAUCGUGCUCGCCAACGAUGAGGAGGCUGUCGACCACGUUCUCUACACCACCGACGAGGGCCUGACCUGGCACAACUACAACUUUGGCCAAAAGAUUCGCGUCCAGUCGGUCAACACGGCCCCGCAGGACACGUCGCGCCGCUUCUACCUCGUUGGCCAGACCCCCGGCGAGCGUGGCAAGAGCGUCCUUGUUCACCUCGACUUUGACAGCAUCACCCAGCGCAAGUGCGAGUUUAAGAUCGACGACCUCAACCACGACGACUUUGAGGUCUGGUCGCCGGCCGAGAACCGCGAGGAGAAGUGUCUCUUUGGCCGCCAGACGCUCUACCACCGCCGUAUCCGCGACCGCGACUGCUACAUUGGCGAAAAGGUGGCGCAGCCCAACAAGGUCGAGCGCAACUGCACGUGCACGGCUGCCGACUUUGAGUGCGAGUUCAACCACGUCCGCAACGCCAAGGGCGACUGUGUCCUGGUCGAGGGUGCCGCGGCCCUGACGUUUGACACCGAGUAUGAGCAGUGUGUCGGCGAUGCAGAGUUCUGGUACGACCGCACCGCAUACCGCAAGAUCCCGCACUCGUCGUGUGAUGGCGGCGACCGCCCGGACCGCGGCAAGCAGCACACGUGCCCCGGUAUCGCCGGCGCUAGCCUCGGAGCGCUCUUCUGGGCCUCCAUCGCCAUUCUGCCGUUUGCCUGCGCGGGCGUCGCUGGCUGGUGGUGGGUCACCAAGGGCGGCCGCGCGGGCACGAUCCGUCUCGGCGAGCACCGCGCAUACAACGGCGACACGGGCGCAAAGGUCCUCAACACGCUCGCGUCCGUGCCGUACUUUAUCCUCGGCGUCGUGGCUGCGCUGUGGUCGCAGCUGGAGAACCGCGUGCCCUUCAUCGACGGUCUGUUCCGCCGCCCCCAGCCAUACCGCUCCGUCCCCAUCGACGACGACGCCGAGCUCCUCGGUCAAUAUGAGGACUAG